GUUAAUUGAUGAUAACAGAUUCGUUGAGCGUGACAGAGGGAAACAAGCGGGUUUUUAUGUGAUAAAUGAAGAUUUCAGCUUUUAACCUUUUAGUGUAUUUUAACCCAUAGGUUUGUGUAAUACUUGGUUUGUUUGUUAGCAUACAGUAUACUAUUAGCAUAUUACUAGCUCGGAGAGGUCUUUGAUAGGGACACUGUGGGGGGAAACAGGAUCUGGUCGCAGCCGAGAACCAAGGCGUGGAAAGUGCGUUAGUUGACACUCAUCCGGCCUUACUACGAAGCCGGGAGCUGGAGUUUGGCGGAGCAGAGGACUCGCUAUGGCGGUAAACUUGGACAAGGAAGCGUACUACCGCCGAAUUAAGCGUUUAUACGGCAACUGGAAGAAAGGAGAAGAUGAAUUUGGCAAAGUGGAUGCCAUCGUGGUAUCUGUUGGGGUGGACGAGGAGAUUGUAUAUGCUAAAUCCACAGCACUACAGACUUGGUUGUUUGGCUACGAGUUGACGGACACCAUCAUGGUUUUCUGUGACAACAAGAUAAUUUUCCUGGCCAGCAAGAAGAAGGUGGAGUUCCUUAAACAGGUGGCCAUCACCAAAGGCAAUGAGAAUGCCAAUGGUGUCCCACCCAUCACCUUGCUCACCAGGGAAAAGAAUGAAAGCAACAAGGCCAACUUUGACAAGAUGAUGGAGGCCAUCAAGGGCAGCAAGGAGGGGAAGACGGUGGGAGUUUUCAGUAAAGACAAAUUCCCUGGGGAAUACAUGAAGAGCUGGAAUGAUACUAUCACUGCCGAGGGCCUGGAGAAGGUUGACAUCAGUGCGGUGGUAGCCUACACUAUGGCCGUGAAGGAGGAUGGGGAGUUGGCCCUGAUGAAGAAGGCUGCAGCCGUCACCAGCGAGGUCUACUCCAAGUUCUUUAAAGAGCGUGUUAUGGAGAUUGUGGAUGCAGACGAGAAAGUGCGCCACAGUAAACUGGCAGAGUCUGUUGAGAAAGCGAUAGAAGAGAAGAAGUACCUGGGUGGUGCCGACCCUUCCACGGUGGAGAUGUGCUACCCCCCAAUUAUCCAGAGCGGAGGAAAUUACAGCCUCAAGUUCAGCGUCGUCAGUGAUAAGAACCAUAUGCACUUCGGUGCCAUCACAUGUGCCAUGGGUAUCCGCUACAAGUCCUACUGCUCCAACCUGGUCCGCACCCUGAUGGUGGACCCGCCACAGGAAAUGCAGGACAACUACAACUUCCUGCUGCAGGUGGAGGAGGAGCUGCUCAAACAGCUCAAACACGGGGUAAAAAUCUGUGACGCCUAUAAUGCCGUUCUAGAGUACGUCAAGAAAGAGAAGUCAGACCUGGUGCCUAAACUCACAAAAAACCUUGGUUUUGCAAUGGGAAUAGAGUUCAGAGAGGGCUCCUUGGUGUUGAAUGGCAAAAACCAGUACAAACUGAAAAAAGGCAUGGUGUUGAGUAUCAGUCUGGGCUUUGCUGACCUUGUUAAUAAAGAGGGGAAGAAGGAUGAGCAGAAAAAGUAUGCCCUGUUCGUUGGAGACACAGUACAGAUUAAUGAGGAGGAGGCUGCCACAAUACUUACACCAGUGAAAAAGAAGAUAAAGAACGUGGGAAUCUUUCUGAAGAAUGAUGAUGAAGAGGAUGAUGAGGAAGACGCAGAUGAUGCUGAGGAGCUACUGGGGAAGGGAGCACGUAGUGCAGCUCUGCUGGCAGACAGAACUAGGAAUGAGAUGACGGCAGAGGAGAAGAGGCGAGCCCACCAGAAGGAACUGGCCAAUCAGGUGAAUGAAGAGGCAAGGCGUCGUCUGACGGAGCAGAAAGGAGAGCAACAGAUUCAGAAGGCCAGGAAGUCUAAUGUUUCAUAUAAGAGCGUGUCCCAGAUGCCCAGAGAAAAAGACAUCAGGGACAUGAAGAUCUUCAUCGACAAAAAGUACGAGACGGUCGUCAUGCCCGUCUUUGGCAUCGCCACUCCUUUCCACAUUGCCACCAUUAAGAACAUCAGUAUGUCUGUAGAGGGAGACUACACCUACCUGAGAAUCAACUUCUACGUACCGGGCAGCUCCUUGGGACGGCAUGAAGGAAACAUCUUCCCCAACCCAGAUGCCACCUUUGUCAAAGAAAUCACGUACCGGGCAUCCAAUCUGAAGGCACCCGGCGACACAUCCGUGCCCUCCACCAACCUGCAGAAUGCCUUCCGCAUCAUCAAGGAGGUGCAGAAGCGCUACAAGACGCGGGAGGCUGAGGAGAAGGAGAAGGAGGGCAUCGUCAAGCAAGACUCACUGGUUAUCAACCUGAACCGCAGCAACCCUAAGCUUAAAGACCUCUACAUCAGACCCAACAUUGCCCAGAAGAGGAUGCAGGGCUCACUGGAGGCGCAUACCAACGGGUUCCGUUUUACCUCAGUGCGCGGCGACAAAGUGGACAUCCUGUACAACAACAUCAAACACUCCAUCUUCCAGCCUUGUGACGGGGAGAUGAUCAUCGUACUACACUUCCACCUAAAGAACGCCAUCAUGUUCGGCAAGAAGCGCCACACAGAUGUGCAGUUCUACACGGAGGUCGGGGAGAUCACCACAGACCUGGGCAAGCACCAGCACAUGCACGACCGUGACGACCUGUACGCCGAGCAGAUGGAGAGGGAGAUGAGGCACAAGCUCAAGUCAGCCUUCAAGAACUUCAUCGAGAAGGUGGAGACGCUGACUAAGGAGGAGUUGGAGUUCGAGGUCCCCUUCCGAGACCUGGGCUUCCAGGGUGCCCCCUACAGGAGUACCUGCCUCCUACAACCCACAUCCAGUUCUCUUGUCAACGUUACUGAAUGGCCGCCAUUUGUUGUGACUCUGGACGAGGUGGAGUUGGUCCACUUUGAACGUGUGCAGUUCCACCUAAAGAACUUUGACGUGGUCAUCGUCUACAAGGACUACAACAAGAAGGUCACAAUGAUCAAUGCUGUGCCCGUCAACUCUCUGGACCCCAUCAAAGAGUGGCUCAACUCGUGUGAUAUCAAAUACACAGAAGGAGUCCAGUCUCUGAACUGGACCAAAAUCAUGAAAACCAUUGUUGAUGAUCCAGAAGGAUUCUUUGAGCAAGGAGGCUGGUCGUUCUUGGACCCAGAGAGUGAGGGAAGUGGCGCAGAGGAGGACUCGGAGUCUGAGAUGGAGGAUGAGACGUUCAACCCCUCUGCAGAGGAGGAUGAAGAGGAAGAGGAGGACAGUGAUGAAGAUUAUGACUCAGAGACAGAGGACUCUGACUAUAGUGCAUCACUGGGCAGUGAAGAGGAGAGCGGAAAAGAUUGGGACGAGCUUGAGGAGGAGGCCAGAAAAGCUGACAGGGAGAGUCACUACGAGGACGCAGAGGAGACCACCAACAGGAAGAGGAAGGUUCGAUCAGCCGCCCCGCCCAGCAAGAAGAAACGACGGCACUAAAUGUUUCUUAGACACACACACACACACAUACAUGCACGCACAGACUACUGCCAAAAUUAGUUCAUCUGAUUUCUCCCACCCAACUAAACCUCCCCUUUGUGCCCCAACUGGCUCUUUCAGUCAUAUUUUUACAAAUGAACGUGCCCACACAUACAUGCACGCACGUACACACAUAUACACAACGUGUAUAUAGAAGUAGAUGCUCCUUUAUUUUUGUGUUGGUCAGACGGUGUCGUGUUUAAAGGGUAACGGUGUACCAGCAAGAGCGUAAGAAACACUUUGUUAGCUCGUCAUUCCUCAUUUCUCAGUUUGCAUUUUCAUCCCACACCUCCCUCACUCCAUCCAUCAGGGUUCAGCUGUGUGUUUGUGUGUGUUUAAAUGGGUUUUUAUUACAAACUUUUUUUUCGUUAAAAGAUCAACGAGUUUGUUAACUAGUAGAUAGUAUAAGAGGACUUAUCUUCUGCCAAGUGUUUUAUAUAAGACAGAAAAACUUCGAAAAGACCCCAGCAUCCCCCCCCCCCAAACACCCCGUUCACCCACCCACGUACACACAAAACACACAUCAUAAUGCUCAUUCCUUCUGUUGUUCUACCUGUAUAUUUGUGAACAGAUGAAUCUGAAGAUGACAUUUUAUCUGGCACAUCUGUGAUCCAUUUAGUUGUUUGUUUUUUUUUUAAUUUGUUCUUUUUGGGGGGGGUAAUGGGGUUUGUACACAAAAUCACAUACACACCAAAACUGUCUCCCUCUAUGCCUUUUUUUUUUAGCUUUUUUUUCUGGGUAGAUAGACUGUUGUACUGUUAAUUCUGAAAAUCCCCUUUUGUUUUUGUAAUAAAAUUAAACAGAACUAGAGUUCGUUGUGCUGUGUGGUUUGUUUUCUCCAAGGCUUACCCUUUUAGAUGAUGGCACUGCGAAACCCGGCAACAAAACGAUGGGCUUGCCGUGUGAAUUUAUAAAAACUGGUUAGCUCUUGAGUUAUUCGGCGAGCACAGAGGAUGUUAACUAUUCCACGGUUUCUGAAGUAACUAGUGGGUCUCAUUUGUGUUAAAAGGACAUUUUUACAACUUGUUGUAUUGUUGGACAUCAAUCUGUCAUUACCUUGGAAUGUCAUGCUGAGGACAAAGGGCCUCUUCAGCCAAAACACAUUGGUACUCAACCUGAAGCCAUUCAUUAUACCUCUUCAAGUACAUUUGACGCUUUGACGCUUUGGAUAGUCCAACCUUGGUGGGUCAUCCCGGGUCGUCCUCUGUGUGGAGUUUGCAUGUUGUCUGCGUGGGUUUCCUCCGGGGGCUCCGGUUUCCUCCCAAAGACAUGUAGGUCAGGUGAAUCGGCUGUACUAAAUCGUCCCUAGGAAUGAUUGUGUGUGUGUGUGUGUGUGUGUG